CGCCGUCCCGCGAGCGGGCUCUGGGAGUGUGGCGAAAGUGCGGCUGCGGAAGUGCAGCGAGGCCGAGCGGAGGACGCGAGCUCGGCGGAGCUGCGGGGCGCCAUGGGUCGCCUGCACUACACUCAGGACCCGGUGCCCGAGGCAGUGGGCGGCGACAUGCAGCAGCUGAACCAGCUGGGUGUGCAGCAGUUCUCAGCCCUGACAGAAGUGCUUUUCCAUUUCCUAACUGAACCCAAAGAGGUGGAGCGGUUUCAGGCUCAGCUAACCGAAUUUGCCACCACCAAUCAGAUCAGUCUUGGCCCUCUCAGAAGCAUGGUGAAAAGCCUCCUCCUGGUUCCAAAUGGUGCCUUGAAGAAGGGCCUCACUGCUGAGCAGGUCUGUGCUGAUUUCAUAACUCUGGGUCUUAGUGAGGAGAAAGCCACUUACUUUUCUGAAAAGUGGAGGCAGAACACCCCUACCCUUGCAAGAUGGGCAAUAGGUCAGACCCUGAUGAUUAACCGACUUAUUGAUAUGGAAUGGAGGUUUGGAGUGACCUCUGGAAGCAGUGAAUUAGAGAAAGUGGGAAGUAUUUUUUUACAGUUAAAGUUGGUGAUUAAGAAAGGAAACCAAACUGAAAAUUUGUAUAUAGAACUAACUUUGCCUCAGUUCUACGGCUUUCUGCAUGAGAUGGAGCGAGUCAGAACCAGCAUGGAGUGUCUUAGCUGAUCCCUGCCCCUUGCUUCCCUGGUGCCUGCUCCAAGAGGCGCUACCUCUCCUGGUCUGUAGGCAUCCAUGCAGCCCUGCUGGCUUCUUGGGAGCCCAGUUGCAAAAGGCUUCUAAAAAACAGGAUUAAGUACUUAAGGAGUCCUGCACAGUUGUUCUGUAAACUCCAUGAGAGAGCCACCACUGCCUAGCUCCCAGGACAAUUUAGAGACUUUUGGAUGCUAUGACAGGCCUGGCUGUGUGUGUGGCACCUGGAGAGCACCCAUCUAUUUCUUCACUGUAUUGGGGGCAGGGGUAUUGAAGCCAGUGUUUAGUUUUCUCUGAAAAGACCUGGGGCCAGACCCUGUGCUAUCUCUGAUUUUGUUCCUUUGUGUUUUGUGUUAUAAGGACACAGGCAUUGUGAAUCUCUCUUAGAUUAUUUGGCUCCAGCUGACUACCUUUUGGCUAGAUGAUGAAAUAAAA